CUCAUUAACGCAUUACUUUAAUGGUCAAGUACUGAUGGCAUAAUUGGUUGGAAAUUUUGAAUCAUUCGAUUAUCAAUAUUUCUUUGUUCUAUUAUUUUUGAUAGAUGAUUUUUUACUACUACUAUUCAUCAUAUACAUGUAUAUUGUUCUUAUUGGUAAUUUUGAAGAGAGUGGGAGAUCGUAAAAUAGUGUUUAGCUCGAGUUAACCUUGAAAACAACUGUAUAUAAACCAAAUUUCAUUAUAUGUAAAAACAUAAGUCUCUUUUGUGUACAAGAAUAAGCAACUGCUCGAAAGUUUGAAAAAAUGUUAGCUCUUCACCUUGUAAUAUUUGUCUGCAUUCAACUUAUGUUGUCCAGUGUCAGCGCAAUAUCUUACUCAAAGAUCAUUUACGCUGCAAUCGAAUGUGAGCAACCUUCGACUCGGUCAUUUAAAAAAGAACAAAGCGGGAUCGAUUAUUUUGUUUGUAUGUUUCGGAAAUUGAAUGCGAUAAACAGCGAUAAUUCCUUGAACGUGGAAGUAAUUGAAAAUAUGCAGACGACGAUCGCGCAAUAUUCUCCGCUAGGAUUAAGCAAAAGUGAUUUUCAAACGGCAUUUCCCUCAAUAGGAUAUUGUAGUUCGACAGCAAGUAACACUGCCGAGGACAGUGUGAGGAUGUACUUCCAAUGUGUAAAUAGUCUUCCCAUUUUCUAGAUAUAUCGUUGAAAACUUGACAAUGAAGUUAUGUUAUUCAAUGUUAAAAUAUGUCGAUGUAAAACUUUAAAGUAAUAAAGAGAUUUCAC